AUUAUCAUCAUCUUCCACCAUCCCACAUCACCCAUCAUUUCUCCUCCUCACCACACUCUCUCUCUGUCGGCAUUCAAAGGAGGAGAAAACACAGCAGCAAUACUCCAUUUUUAUGCUAUAGAAGAAGAAGAAUCAAGAAGGAAACCAUUCAAGUGUCUAUGAUCUUGAAGCAUCCCACUUCUAGGAACAUCCAGAAGGUAUCGUAGAGAACGUUCGGUGUUGGAAUAUUGAAGUUAAUGAGUUAAUCGUCGGAAUCGUUGUUCAUCGACAUAUCCGAAAUUCUGGACAGCAACUUUCCCUUGACUUCAGGUCCAAUUUAUGCUAUCUUACAUCUGUUAACUCGAAAUACUUUCUAUACGAAAGUUAUAGCCUUACAUCUUAGGAAUCCACAGAAUCAAUUGGUUUGCGAUUCCGUGAAGAAACGAUGGAGAUAUGCCCAAAAUACGGCAGGCUGUCCAAUUGUGACGAGAAUGACAAAGUUGGUGAAUUUCAAUGUUGUUUCCACUCCCGCUCAUCUGUAAGGUUUCGGCCAUUGAUUUCCAGGUCUUUACACUUGGGUAACAAGAAGAUAAUGAUGGAAGCACUCCCAGAGGGCAAUGAGUCGGAGGAGAUGCAAGGAUUGCAAGCAAAUGUUUGACCAUCAAGAUUUUAAAUGUUUCAUGAUUUGAUUAUUAUUGUACUUCCGCAUUACUCUGAAAAUAUUUUUAAACGGGUCGCAAUCCAGAGUCUGUAAAUUUAACAUUUAUAAUAAAUUUUCAUUCUCAAA